GAAUACAGUGGGCAACAAAAUACAGUGCACAAACAUCUCUCAAAUAAAUAAAUAAAUCACGUGCGUCAGCGUACUCAACACGCUAAUCCUUGUUUCGCCGCCUCAUCUCUAAUAAAUAACAACACAAUUACAAAUUCUUAUUUGCUUCCUCUUUCUCUCCGAAUUUCCAAUAUCAUAUAUAUAAAGCAAAAACCUUUAACCUGUCCUGUCACCGUGUGUUGUUAAUUGUUAUUCUCUCCUUUCAUUACCUUCUAAAUUCUCGUUUCCCUUUACCCUCUCUAUCUUUCACGCGCUACAAUGGCGGAUGCUAAGACCCAAAUUGAAUCUCUAAGGAAAUGGGUCGUCGAGCAUAAGCUCCGUGCUGUUGGGUGUUUGUGGCUUAGUGGUAUUACGGGUUCAAUUGCGUACAAUUGGUCUCGACCCAACAUGAAAACCAGUGUUAAGCUCAUUCACGCGAGGUUGCAUGCACAGGCUCUUACACUGGGAGCAUUAGCUGGAGCUGCAGCAGUAGAAUAUUUUGAUCGAAAGGCAGAAGGCCGAGAAAGGAAUUCUGGGCGAUAAAUAUAAUGUAACCUGAGUUCCUUGAAUUCUUUGUACUGGGGAUCUCCGAUCUUAGUACUAGAUAUACACGAUGGCCUGGCCUGGUGUAGUACAACUAUGAUGAUCGCAAAUUCUGCAAUUGAAUUUAUACUGUAGUCCAUUCAUUCAUAGAAUAAUAUACUAAAUUGAAAUGUUUACUUGCAUGUGGC